AACUAUGUAGUUACAUCAUCUGAGCUGAAUGAUGUUCAAUAUAUCAUUAUCACGCGAGAACGGAAUAACAUCUGAUAACGAUCUCAUUAAAACUAAUUGGACAUAAUCAGAAGCGGUUUUUUCGGUUUCUAACAUAUCUCUCCCCAUCGCCAGCAGCUCGUCUGAUUUCUUAUAACCAUCUAGUUUGAGGUCUUUGGGCGUUCUCCAAAAUACAAGUCAAGCCACGAAGCGCCUUUUUAGCUCUUUUAUUCAUAUACAGUUUUGGCUCCCUUACAAUACCGCCGCACAAGUGCAUACCAUCACCACCAGAGCAAAAUCUUCUUCAAGAGACUAUUUCAAAAACAUGGAAUUAUGGAGGUCUUUCUUAAUCGCCGAAAUUUACUGAAGUUCUGGAAAGCAGAGAGUACUCCAGACUCUGACAAACAAAUGAAGCUGCGGUAUUGCGAUCACCUACCACGCGAUGGGCAUUGGGGACUUCGUCGAUCCUCUACUUUGUGAUACUGCGG